CUCCGCUCCGUCCAGUGGAGGGACUUUUUGCCCUCUGCUCCCGGGUCCCUCAGGCAGCCACUCCGUGGGCACACGCCCAGGAGCUGCUUCUGCCCCGCGCUCCCUCCCUCUGCCUUUCACUUCCCAGCUGCCAAGAUCUUGGAAGGCCAGUACUUGCUUGGUUGUGCCAGGAGAUGCCUGAGUGAUACCUAGAAGCUGGAGUCUGUGUAUGUGCUUGGAACCCUGAGGACAGGCAGAGGAACCUGCUGGAAUAAGAAUGAAUCAGCUGUGUAAGAAAGGUGACCUUCGAUAGGCUGGAGGCAGCAGUAACCGCAGUAGCCCUACAUCCUUGGAUGGACGCACAUGUGGACAGCAGUUCCAGGCAGCAGGGGUUUGCUUUGAAGCUCAGCAAAGAAGGGAAAUCCAUUGAGAACAGUCUGUAAAGUUCUAGAGGCUGAGAACUCCAAGAUCAAGACGCUGGCAGAUUCACUGUCUGGUAUCCCAGGACUGCCUGCUUGCCAAGACCCUCUGUAAAACUCCAUGCACCCUGCUGUUGAGCGCUCUGAGGAGUCUAGAGAAACUGGAUUGGUGGACACUGAGCCCUCCUCAGGUGACCACAGUUUAAUAAGGAUUGUCCAAACAAAUGUAAGGAGUGAGUGAACCAUUCUGUGGAAGAACCAGAAGCUACCGCUGAGAAACCCGAAGCCCUGUGUGUGAAUUCAAACCGUGAGGAAAUGUCAUUCAGAUUCGGCCAACAUCUCAUCAAGCCCUCUGUGGUGUUUCUCAAAACAGAACUGUCCUUUGCCCUGGUGAACAGGAAACCUGUGGUACCUGGACAUGUCCUCGUGUGUCCCCUCCGGCCAGUGGAGCGCUUCCGAGACCUGCAUCCCAAUGAAGUGGCCGACCUGUUUCAGGCAGCACAGAGAGUCGGGACGGCAGUGGAGAAGCAUUUCCAGGGCACCUCUCUCACCUUUUCCAUGCAGGAUGGCCCCGAAGCCGGACAAACUGUGAAGCAUGUUCACAUCCACGUUCUCCCAAGGAAGGCUGGAGACUUCCGCAGGAAUGACAGCAUCUAUGAUGAGCUCCAGAAACAUGACAAAGAGAAGGAGGACUCCCCAGCCUUGUGCAGAUCGGAGGAGGAGAUGGCAGCCGAAGCUGCGGCGCUGCGGGGCUACUUUCAGUGAUGCAGGCACCAAAGGAACUCAAACAAAUCCCAAGGCAUAAGGAAAUGGGGCUCGUGCUUUAGGACCCUGCGGCACUGAAAAUGAAGCUAAGCAGACUUUAUUACAUCCUACAAUUUGACAACCUUUUGCACAGCAUUUUAUUAUGCUUGUGGAAGCAAUCGGGGUUAUGUUUCAAUCACAAGGACUGACAGGCUGCCUUCAAAACGACGGCACCCGUGGCCCUUCCACACUUCCUUGGCUAUGUACUUAGAAUAGAACCUUUUCUAAAUUGUCCC